UUUAAAUGACGGAUUGACGGAUGAGUGACGCAAGACAAGAAGUCACAUUUGGAAUUUUUGGAAGCUAUGUAUUUUUAUUAUUUUCGUUAGUUUUGGUUGAAUGUUUGCAAUAGUAUAAAUUUAAACUUCAUUUCAAUUAAUAUUAUGUUGUGACCAGGCGUUAGAUGAUAAGUGGUUAGAAAUUAAAGGUAAACUAAAAAACACAAUGGGGGGUUGCCGCUGUACCUAUCGUACGUGUUCUCUACGGACUGAUGGCAAAACACACAUGUUUCACUAUCCCGUAUUUGACAAAGUACGCUGUCAUCAAUGGAUAACAAAUGCACGGAAAUUAGAAUUUCUCAACUUGAAAGUGUCGCAGUUGAGGAACAGAGUUGUAUGCCAACAUCAUUUCAAAGAUGAAAACUUUAUGAACUUCAAGAAAGACAAACUGACUUUUGAUGCAGUACCUACAGAAGAUGGACCCUACUGUGAUGCCAGUGAGGCAGAUAAAACCAAGCCUGAACAAGAUGAUAGCAAAGUGUUCAGCAUAUCCUUGGAUGAUAUUGAAAACGAAUAUUUAACCAUUGGUGACAAAAAAGCGAAUUUUUCAGUGAAAUAUGGUGAUUUCUUAACUAACUGUGAAUUAAUGGACCUUAAUUCCUUAAAUACAACCAACCAGAUAAAUGACAACAGUCAGAUUGAUUUAACUGAUAAUACCAAACUAGUACCAGUUAUACCAAAAGAUUUGGUACUUCCUAAGAAACCUGUAAAAUGUGUGCAGCCUCAGAUACGCAAAAGUACCAGAGGCAAACAACUUAAAACUUCUGAGAAAAGUAUCCUAAAUAAUGCUAGUGUUAAGGAGAAUAUAAUAAAUCAUGAUUUGUUCCAAGAUACUAGUACAACCCAACCUAAUAUAAUAGAAUUAAGUAAACAAUCUGAAAUACAACCCUCAGAUCUAGAAGGAAAUGCUAUAAACUUUACAAUUAAUGUGUCAGAAGUACCAGUUGAAUUCUCUACCUCUACAAGUCGAGAAGAUAAACCUAAUGAAACAAAGUUAAGCAUCAAUCAUUUGAAUAAAAUACAAUUGAGUGAAGAAAAAUUUGAAAAGCCAAGUUGUCAAGAUAAUCAGCCACAUGAAAUUAUACUUAAUCAUGAAUUAAAUAAAAAUAUCAGACCACCAGCACCAGUUAAAGUGUUAAAUAAACCAAAUGAGAACACCAAUACCAACAGAAGUUUGCUAAAACAAAAUAAAAAGAUAAAAAUUAUAUCUGAGAAAAAGAUAGUAAACCCUCAGCCUAUUGGAAUACUGGAACAAAAUAUUGGAAAACUAGAACCAGUGUCACCUACCAGAGUCUUAACUUUUCCAAAUAAAAGAAAAAAUCUUAAUGCUAAGCCUGGUAAAGUAUUAGCGGAAGUGUCAGUAGCAGAUGAGCUACCAAGGAGAGAAGAGAGAAACCCAGUUACUGAGACAAAUGCUUCAACAGAUAACAAUCUCGAAAAAUUGAACAAUGAGUCUGAAAUUAUUGAUUUAAGUGAAGGUAUGACAGCCAGUGUACAAGCGAAAACAGUAAUGCCUAAAACCAGGAAUGAUAAUAAUAUAGCACCCAAAAAUUCAUUGUUAAAGAACAUAAUACCUCCAGAGAGAGUAGCUGCUAUAGCAGAAAAACGAAAAUUCAAUAUGAAAUUACGAGAUAUAGUUGAAGACUGUUUAGACAAGUUAGAUGAACCACAAAAAACUGAUUAUGAAAAGAGACCUACUUUACAAGAAACCAGAUUACUUCAAAGUAAAAAGCGACAAGUUGCGUCUCAUCUCUCUGAAGAAUCACAACUACCUAACGUCCAAGACUAUACCUUGGCUUUCCUAGAAGCCAGAAUGAAGAAAAUGGAAAAUAACUUACUCAAUAAAAUAGAGGAAAAUUCACAGAGAAUAUUGGAGUUAAAACAAGCAUAUGCACCAUCCAGUUCUAAGAGAUCUGUGCACACACAAACACAAGUUGGUGAAGAUGUACAUAAGAGACAUUUGUAUCAGGAACUAUCUAAAUAUUUAAGCCAAGAAGCUAACAGUUUAUUGUAUGAAGAACUAUUUAUAAAUAAAUAUGCUAAGGAUAUGCCUAAGUGUUCCUCUCCGAAACGACGGAAACGUAGGUGAUGAAUGUUGUUUGUUAUGAAUAAAAUUAGCUAGCAUAAUAUGACAUUGAAAUACUUUAAUUACAUAUUUAUAAUAAUUA